AUUGAUGAUGGUCUUCAGUCGACAGUACAAGCUAUCGAGUGUGGGCGUAGAGAAUUGCGUUAGACAAAAAUUGAGCAUUGAACGAUACACAAAAAAAAGAAAAUAAAUAAAUGAAUAACAAAAUGAAUAUCUCGCUGGGAUACUGCUUGCUUCUUUGCCUCCUGUCAACGAGAGUACAAACGAAGCCGCAAAUAACAAAAUUAUUUCCUAUCGAGGAAAUACACGUUAACGAUCAUCGAGAAGCUAAUAACGAGACGAAACUAUUUGACAAAUUAUUUGGAAAAUUACGUGCAACUUAUAAUUUCGUCUUUCGCAAAACGGACAAUGGUAGCAACAGUAACGUAGAAAAAAUAUUGCCGAAGGACGCGCCAAAUCCUGACGUAGAGGCAUUCAAAUUAAUCUGGAAAAAUCCGAUCAAUUCGAAUUUGGAAAUAACGAAAUUAAAUGCGCAAACCACGACGAAGGAACCAGUGUAUCAAACGAGAAUAAAAACUCUUUACGACGCACCAAGGUAUGAUAGAUUCGAAGAGCUUCAACCAUUGGAACCAUUGGAACAAUUGGAACCUUUGAUGCCAUUGGAAUUCGACGAGGAAAAUGAACAUAAAAAGGACGACGACGUCGAAUUCAUAACCCCGGCAACCGGUCUACAAUUUCCAACAACCCUCGGUCGUCAUUUCGUCGAGUGGCUUGGCUCUCUUCUAGGACUUUCUUACGGAAUCUACGCGAAACUUACGAGAGCCAUUCAUAGUAAUUACACGCUUUAUUAGGGUCAAUGGCAUACACGAAUAUACUCGGACUACUUUUAUUCUCAACUGAAAAAAAAAGAAGAAAAAAAAAAAAGCAACAUAAAAGUCAUAUCGUUUUUGUUGC